AUGACGCGCGGUGGCAGAGGAGAGGAUGACAAUGAGGUGGAUUCAUGGGUGAAGAAAGAAUCUGAAUGGGAGGAAGCAGGAGAUGGAGAGGAAGACGAUUAUUCAGACGAAACCGAAUAUGAUGAUGAUGAUGAUGAAUCUUCAGAUGAAGACAACGAUUACUUCUCAAUGGAAAAUCGGGAUGUCCGCUUCGCUUCGGAGGAGAAGUGGGAGAGCCAAAUCAUGGAACAGAUGAAAUUCUCUGUCUCCACUGCUGAUCCAUUUGAUAUCAGGACGAUUUGGAAGGGGUCUCUGCACGUCGACGGGCCGUGCCAAUCUCUCGAUCCAAACCUCUUAUCUAUGAACAAUUUCAUGCCUCAGUUACCACUGAGAAUGAAGAAGAAGAAUAAUGAGGAGCCUUGCCGUCGAGCCAUCCAGGUGUUUGGUCUGACUGUAUCUUCUCCUGACAAUGUUGUUCAGGAGAUCUAUGGUAUGUUUGCAUUCAGAGAUAUACGAAACAGCCAAGAACGCAAUUUCAUCUUUGAAUACCCAAGAGACAGACCAUUUACACUUAAGCCGGGUUCUGAUAAGGUGCAACCCCUGAUUCAGCCUCCUCGCGGCAUUUACGCAAUAGGGCCAGUGGUAAUGGAGUAUCACCUAAUGAUCAAAGGUCAAGAAGAACAAGAAGAUAGAGUAUUGGUAGAUGGUUACUCCAUCUACUGUCCAUCUUUCUACAAAGAACGUUCAAGGUUCCACUGGCACAUUGACACUGGCCACUGUGGUGCCAUUGAUCUGAAGAUGGCUGCUGUACCAAACGCCGUGCUGGCCACAGUGGAGAUCGAGGUGAUUCGUCUCGGAGGAACUCACUACGAUUCGCUUGCCAUUGUUGUCGCAUUAUCGAUAAUCAAGGGUAUGUAUUUGGUUUUCGAUGGCAAGGUUAGCGUAGGCAAGCUACUGCCUUUCACGGUGUGCAUCAACAGAGAGAUGCAUCUGAAGCUGUUCGUGUACGGCUACUCCAGUAGUCAGAUUGGACAUGGCGAUUGCUCUCCAGAUGGUGUUGUUAGUGAUUACGACAAUGAUGGGUUCUUCUCCGCAAGCGAGGAUGUUUAUUACGACGUUUUGAAUUUCAUACCACAGUUUGGAACCUAUAAGAAAAUGUCACACAAUCUUGAAGAUAUGGACGUGUCUGUGACGGUAACCUGGUCUAGCUUGUAUUAG